CUCUGCGUUGAGUCACGCAGCUGUCAAAGAUAGCUGUCACCCAGUUUCAGGAUCAAACACACAGUCAAUGAGAAAAGGGGCUUUGAGCCGAAAGGGACGCAGAGAUCUCAGGUAACCCCCCCACCUCAAGUCUCCAAAGAAGGACGACUAGAAGAGAGAAGAAAAUCUAAAACGGGGAGAAAAGAAGCAUUUUCUUUUUUUUCCUUUUUUUUUUAAAUGAACAAGGAUUUUCGAGAUUUCGGAUACACGCUGGGGAUAUCGGGGAAAGGAAAAAAAAAACAGCUCUGAAAGAGAUUUUUUCUUCUGCGCUUGCCGAGGAAUAAGCGGGCAUUUUUCAAGAUGAAGAGCAAAAAGGGUUUGAUGAUGCUUUCGGGGAGCGAGACUGAUGAUGAGGACAGCGUGGACGCCCCUCUGGAUCUGUCAUCCAGCGCAGGGAGCAGUGGGAAGAGGAAACGGCGGGGGAAUCUGCCCAAGGAGUCCGUUCAGAUCCUCAGGGACUGGUUGUAUGAGCACCGUUACAACGCCUACCCCUCUGAACAGGAGAAAGCCCUUUUGUCCAAGCAGACCCAGCUCUCUACACUGCAGGUGUGCAACUGGUUCAUUAAUGCACGCCGGCGACUUCUACCGGAGAUGCUGAGGAAAGAUGGCAAAGAUCCCAACCAGUUCACCAUAUCCAGGAAAGGUAGCAAGGCUGGUGACAGCUUCUCUGACAGCUCCCAGUCCCCGAAACACAGCAGCCCCGCAGCAGGUACAGAAGAGAGCUACGACAAACGUGUCCUCCACCCGUCUAGCUUUGACCCCGCUGUGCCCAGUGUCCUGAGAAAGGCACUUUCCCCAACCGUGCCCUCUCCAACCUCCACGUCCCCGUCUCCAGGGCUCAUGCCCACCCGGCCUUCUGUCAUCUGUCACACUACUGUCACCACAGCAAUGCAAGCCAGCCCGACAGCUUCCCACCCCACCGCGCCCGGCAUGAACUGUGACAGGGCAGCUGAGCUGUUGCAGGCCGUACAGGCUCAAGCGCUGCUUAGGUGCCGGGAAGAAGGGCUGGGCAGUCAGCCAUUACCCACCGCCACCCCCACCACUACCACCAUCCUCAGCAGCACCAGCAUAGAAGGCAACCUGAGCCCCCGCAGUGGGCUGUUCAACACCCCUCCCCCCACCCCUCCAGACCUCACACAAGACUUCAGCGGCUUCCAGCUCUUGGUGGACGUGGCCCUCAAACGGGCUGCAGAGAUGGAGCUGCAAGCCAAACAGCUGGUUGCUUAAAGGAGAAAGUGACAGAAGAGGAUGAAAUAGAGACUGACUUUGUAUCUCAGCUAUGGAACUCCUCAUUUCAGUGACUCGUCUGCACGUAACAAAGAACAAACCCACAUGAAAGCCUGACCAUUUCUAUUUUUGGUAUACCAAUCAAAUUGCAAGGAUUUUUUUUUUUUUAAUUGAACAAAAAAAAAAAAACACGUAUCGAGGUGCCUUGGCUGUAAGUUGUUUAUACAUUUCAUAUACAUGUAUCUUUAUGUAUCUACAUGUGUAUUUUAUUUGCACACCGGGACCAAAAAUCUUAUCAGAAAAAUGCUGCCUGUCUUUAUGUCUUUCCAUUAUACUGUAUUUUAGAGAACGGAGCCUGAGCAAGAAUUAAUCCUCAUUCACAGAUCGGUCGCACCCACACACACGUUUUUAUCCUUCAACAUUUCAGAGAUCGAGUCGUGAUUGGUCUGCCUUGUUUGUUUGCACACUAAAGGCAGAGGAAGGUCUUCUCAGUGUCUUAAAACAUACUUUGCUCGUGGCAUCUAUGACAAACUUAUUCACUACUGUAGUAUUUGUUUGUUUUCAUAAGUAUAGUUUUUGAUUUUAUUUACUUUUAGCUAUUUUUAAAAGAAACCCUCUAUGCUUCUUUCUUUUUUUUUUUUUUUUUUUACUUUUGUUUUCCUAAUAAGUGAUCUUUCAGAAAACCAAUGUAGCAGGUUCUUAGUGUGAGCCUUUAUCCCAUCACUCAGUGAAAAAUGAUGGCCAGUGGACUGGAAAAUUAAACACUACAGAUGUCUUUUUCUGCAUUUACUGUUUUACAACCUGACAAAUACAGCCUUUUUUUUUUUUUUUUAGAAAAAUCACCAAAAAACAUUUCUUGUAUAAUAGGACCAUGUGUAUAGUUAAUGUGACAUGAUGCCCAAUGAUGUGAUUUCUUUUCAUACUGUGCAAUGUUUGUGGCAACUAGGGGUCACAUGGGAUUCAAAUAAAGUUUUGUUUU